AUGGAUUCGUACAAUGAACAGUUCAGUGCGAAAACUACGAAGAAAGAUGAGGGAAACUUUGCCAGCUGGCUGUGUUGUUUCCCUUCCCCAUUUCCGGUUGUCGUCAGAUUCACGCCAAAAGUAGGAACACCAGGGGAAGGCCAAUGCACGUCCAAUUUUCUCCGGGUCAGCGUCACUGCUGCAGCAGGUGUGCACCACUCUGAAGGAGGCUGA